AUGGCGGCCCCCUUGGAGCUCAGUUGCUGGGGAGGUGGCUGGGGGCUCCCAUCGGUGCACAGCGAGUCCCUGGUGGUGAUGGCUUAUGCCAAAUUUUCUGGUGCACCCUUGAAAGUCAAUGUCAUAGAUAACACCUGGAGAGGUUCAAGAGGAGAUGUACCAAUUUUGACAACUGAAGACAACAUUGUUUCUCAGCCUGCAAAAAUACUAAACUUUUUAAGAAAACAGAAGUAUAAUGCUGAUUAUGAACUCUCAGCAAAACAGGGGGCAGAUACCCUGGCUUACAUUGCUCUCAUCGAAGAGAAGCUUCUUCCUGCAGUGCUUCACACAUUCUGGGUUGAGAGUGACAAUUACUUUACUGUGACAAAGCCAUGGUUUGCUUCACAAAUUCCUUUUCCCUUGAGUUUGAUUCUGCCUGGAAGGAUGUCUAAGGGAGCACUAAAUAGAAUUCUUCUGACCAGAGGAGAGCCUCCUCUCUACCACCUCCGAGAAGUGGAAGCUCAGAUAUACAGAGAUGCCAAGGAGUGCCUAAAUCUUCUGUCAAACAGAUUGGGAACAUCUCAGUUUUUCUUUGGAGAUACGCCAUCUACCUUGGAUGCCUAUGUGUUUGGUUUCCUCGCGCCACUUUAUAAAGUACACUUUCCUAAAGUUCAAUUACAAGAACAUCUGAAACAGCUCUCCAACCUGUGCCGCUUUUGUGAUGACAUCCUAAACAGUUAUUUUAGGCUUAGUCUUGGAGGCAUCUCUCCUGCUGGACAAGAAACGGUAGAUGCAAAUCUGCAGAAACUCACACAACUUGUAAAUAAGGAAUCCAACUUGAUUGAAAAGAUGGAUGACAAUCUUCGCCAAAGCCCUCAGCUUCCUCCUCGGAAACUGCCAACACUUAAACUGACUCCAGCAGAAGAAGAAAGUAAUUCCUUACAACGGCUAUCGCCCUGACAGUCCUCAUGCUUUGUGUCCAAAGUCAUGUGAUUGUUGCAGUCAUCUCUUACACUACUUAUGUGAAGGCAAACAGAAAAUGCCAUUAGUAGGUAUAAGGAAGGCUCUAAAAAGAAACUUUCUCUGACAUCUAGUUUUUCUUAAUUAGGAAGCUUGUAUUUUAGCUUCGCAGUGCACUUUAGAUAACAUCAGAAUGAAUGCUAAAUGAACUUGGGGAAAAAAGAAAACACACUGUACUGUAUAUUUAAACAACAACAACCUGCCUUAAUCUUGGCAGAUUUUUGCCUUUAGUUCACAUGUUGCUGACCAAAACAUACAAUUCUGUUCUGAAUGUGUGCUCUUAUUUAUUCAAGUUAAUUUAUUAAUUUAGUUUUCUUAGAACAGUUUGAAUAUCUAAUAUGUGGCUUUUUGAGGCUUUUUUUUCUUCUGUUUAGAAAUUUUGAUGCCAAUUUUAGACGUUAGGGAAAAAUGUAAUACUCUCAUAUUCUAUUUACUUCAGUAGAAAAGCCUGUAUUUAAAAAGCAACGAGGAAUGUGCUUUUUAAUUAUGUUCUCAGAAGUAUAAUCUUCUGGGCGAUCAGUACUACACACACACACACACACACACACACACACA